UUUGUCUGCUGAGAACAAAUAUAGAAAUUGAUAUAUUCCGUGUGUUAAGAGAAAAUGAAAGCUGCAGGUUCUUUCUGUGUUCUUUUUUGGCAGAUUAUCUUCUUUGUUAGUGUAGUUUUGGAGGGCAUCAAUGGCGCUCAAGCUAAUGGUUGGCUUAACGCUCAUGCAACUUUCUAUGGGGUCAACCAGGACCCUGCCACCCUUGGAGGUGCGUGUGGUUAUGGAAAUACAUUAAUGCUUGCGGGGUUCGGAGUGAACACAGCAGCAGUUAGUGGCAUACUUUUCAGAGGUGGCGAGGCAUGUGGUGCUUGUUACCAAGUGAUGUGCAACUAUAAGUUGGAUCCAAAGUGGUGCCUUCAACGACGAGCCGUGACUGUAUCAGCCACCAAUUUCUGCCCGCCAAACAACAAUGGAGGGUGGUGCAAUCCCCCUCACCACCACUUCGACAUGUCUAUGCCGGCGUUUCUUCUCAUUGCACGACAAGGAAAUGAAGGCAUUGUUCCUGUGAUCUACAGAAGGGUGGCUUGUAAACGAAGAGGAGGAGUCCGAUUCACGUUGAAAGGGCAAUCGAGUUUUAACAUGGUGAUGAUAUCGAAUGUUGGCGGAAGCGGCGCCGCGAAGGGGGCGUGGAUAAGGGUGUCGAGGAUGAGAAGCGGCACAUGGAUACCGAUGCAUAGGAAUUGGGGUGCGAAUUGGCAAAGCAGCAUCGACCUGAGAAAUCAACAACUUUCUUUCAAGCUCACUUUGAUUGAUGGAAAAGCCCUAGUGUUUUACAACGUUGUUCCUUCCACUUGGAGAUUUGGACAAACAUUUUCAUCCCAGAACCAGUUCUCUUAGUUGAUUAAUGCUAUCAGAAAUUAAUCAUUACUUUUCAUUACUUAAAGGACGUUCUAAUUAAUCUCUAGAUGAUGAAAUUUAAGGGGACGUACCAAUUAAUAACUGUAUUUAUUCAAUUGUACGUCGUUUACUUCUUGUAAUUUCUAUUCAACAAAAUUUUUGGGUUUUUACUCAAUGAUUGUAGAGCUAAAAUCAUUUU